AUGAAUAAAAUGGCCACGAACGUGCUUGAAGAUCAUAGUAAGCAACAUACAACUGACUAUCUACAAAAGAAGCAUAUUAAUGAGUUAUUCGAAGCCAUGAUGACUGCUUUGAUGGUUUAUAAACCGGAUGAUCAUAUAUCAUUCUUACGGAAAUGUUUAGAUAAGAAAUCAUUACCUCCGAUUCAUUCUUCAUCCAGUAAUAUGCCGCUAUCAGACCUGCAAAUGUCCAGCAAAGUUUCAGUCCUACCUCCAAUUGAAUCAACGAAAACAAAUUCUGUGCAGGUACCGAUUAUUUUCAUCCUUAGUCUGUCGAAUUCACUCACAUUAUGCUCGAAAUUACUCGAGCGUUAUCAUGGACUCGAAUAUCUCCCCAUUAAUGACAUGGCAAACGUCGACAAAGGAGAAUCCACAGAUCUCGCACAACAUGAUUAUCGGUUUGAUUGCAUUUUGCGCACCAUUAAUCGGCGUCGUGCUCAGGCAAAUGGUUUUCUCAUUCUCGGUGAAUUAGAUGAACAAAACUAUCUGGAGCAAUGGCAGGACAAGCUGGGUCGAAUCGAUUCAAUCAUGAUUUUAUCAGAGAAUCCAUCUCGACAAAUGUCUGAUGAGCAAUUCAACAUCACUUAUAUCGAUUCAAGGAGCAAUAUGAGCAAUAUAUUUUCAUCUGCAAUUCAUUCGCUUGAUCGACUAUUUCCUCAGGACGCUUUCUUCAGUCGACGGUCUGAAACGAUGUUGUUCGACUCAACUCAAACGAAUCUGCCGAUUUUGUUCUGCAUUGAUAAUCACCGUAUGCAAAAACAAGAAAAUGACAAUGAAAAUUCGGGAUUAGACGAAGAAUUCGAUUUGGUCAACGAUAAUACAGAAGAAAAUAAUAAUUCGUUUAUUUAUACUUUAUGUCAAUGUUUAAGCGAACAAUUGAAUUUCAAGCAUAUACACUACGGAGAUUUCCAGAAAACAUUAUUGACUUUUGAAGAAUUAAAAGCAGAAGUCGUCGAAUCAAUCAGUACGUGUUCAGGAUUUAUAAUCGAUCAUUUUCCUGAUUCGUGCGCGGACUUGGACAGAUUUCAAUUGGAGAUUGGACCAUGCUCAGUGUUGGUUUAUAUUGGUGACCAUCGUGCAAUAACGGAAGAAGACGGAGUGAAUACAGUAAUAAAGCGAUUUCAGGAGAAACGAAAAGCUCUUUAUGUCGAUUGUCGUAAAGAAGUCGAUGAAAUUUAUGAAGAUCUUAAAAGUGAAAUUUUGAAACAUAUUUGA